CCCCCUCUUCCACCCCGUCGCGAAUCGGGCUCCGGGUAAGGUUUCAGCGGCCGCAGGAGACCCCGACUCCGGCCCGGUUUCCGAAAGCCGGGUGAUGGAUCUCCCGCGUCUGUCCCUGCAGGGGCGCCCAGAGCGCGCUGGCGGCGCGUGAAGUGGCCACUGCCUUGCGCUGCCCUCCGCGAGCGUCGAGCCGCCCACCUGGCAAGCUCGCCGAGCCCCCUUCCUUUCCGAGCCCCAAACCGCUAGCGUUCCGGGACCGGGAAGAGGGUGGCCCUUGGGCACAGCCCCGCUGAGAUGUCCGCGCAGAGCCUCCUUCACAGCGUCUUCUCCUGCUCCUCGCCUGCCUCGGGCAGCGCCGCUUCCACCAAGGGCAUCUCCAAGAGGAAGCUGCGCCAGACCCGCAGUCUGGACCCGGCCCUGAUCGGCGGCUGUGGGGGCGAGGCGGGCGCGGAGGGCGGCUCGCGGGGAGCCACCGGCGUCCGCCUCUGCACCCCCCUGGCUCCAGUCGACGGUCUCGGCCCCCGUUCUGCACAAUCUCCCCGGGGCCAACCUCCCCGCGCCGCUCGAUUGCCGCCCCCUAGACCGCUCUGCUCGUCCUUCUCCACCCCCAGCACCCCGCAGGAGAAGUCGCCCUCUGGCAGCUUCCACUUUGACUACGAGGUCCCCCUGGGUCGCGGCGGCCUCAAGAAGAGCCUCGCCUGGGACCUGCCUUCUGUACUGGCCAGCCCGGGCAGCGGCCGCAGUGCCAUUCUCUGCUCCUCGGGGGGAGGCCCCAAUGGCAUCUUCGCUUCUCCCAGGAGGUGGCUCCAGCAGAGAAAGUUCCAGGCCCCACCCAACAGCCGCGGGCACCCCUACGUCGUGUGGAAGUCCGAGGGUGAUUUUACCUGGAACAGCAUGUCGGGCCGCAGCGUGCGGCUGAGGUCAGUCCCCAUCCAGAGCCUCUCGGAGCUGGAGCGAGCCCGGCUGCAGGAAGUGGCUUUUUAUCAGUUGCAGCAGGACUGUGACCUGAGCUGCCAGAUCACCAUCCCCAAAGAUGGACAAAAGAGAAAGAAGUCUCUGAGAAAGAAACUGGAUUCACUGGGAAAGGAGAAAAACAAAGACAGAGAAUUCACCCCGCAGGCAUUCGGGAUGCCCUUAUCCCAAGUCAUCGCCAACGACCGGGCCUAUAAACUCAAGCAGGACUUGCAGAGGGACGAGCAGAAAGACGCAUCUGAUUUCGUGGCUUCGCUGCUCCCAUUUGGAAAUAAAAGACAAAACAAAGAACUCUCAAGCAGUAACUCAUCUCUCAGCUCCACCUCGGAGACACCAAAUGAGUCAACAUCGCCGAAUACCCCAGAACCGGCCCCUCGGGCCAGGAGGAGGGGUGCCAUGUCAGUGGAUUCCAUCACCGAUCUCGAUGACAAUCAGUCUCGGCUGCUAGAAGCUUUGCAGCUCUCCCUGCCUGCUGAGGCGCAAAAUAAAAAAGAAAAGGCCAGAGAUAAGAAACUCAGUCUGAACCCCAUCUACAGACAGGUCCCCAGGCUGGUGGACAGCUGCUGCCAGCAUCUAGAAAAGCACGGCCUCCAAACGGUGGGAAUAUUCCGAGUUGGAAGCUCAAAAAAGAGAGUGAGACAAUUACGUGAGGAAUUUGAUCGUGGGGUUGAUGUCUCUCUGGAGGAAGAGCACAGCGUUCAUGACGUGGCUGCCUUGCUGAAGGAGUUCCUGAGGGACAUGCCGGACCCCCUUCUCACCAGGGAGCUGUACACGGCCUUCAUCAACACUCUCUUGCUGGAGCCAGAGGAGCAGCUGGGCACAUUGCAACUCCUCAUCUACUUGCUACCUCCCUGCAACUGCGAUACCCUCCACCGCCUCCUCCAGUUCCUCUCCAUCGUGGCCAGGCACGCCGAGGACGACGUCAGCAAGGACGGGCACGAGGUCACCGGGAACAAAAUGACAUCUCUGAACCUGGCCACCAUCUUUGGACCCAACCUGCUGCACAAGCAGAAGUCAUCGGACAAAGAAUUCUCCGUGCAGAGCUCCGCCCGGGCGGAGGAGAGCACGGCGAUCAUCGCCGUGGUGCAGAAGAUGAUUGAGAAUUACGAAGCGCUGUUCAUGGUGCCCCCGGAUCUCCAGAACGAGGUACUCAUCAGCCUGCUGGAGACGGACCCCGACGUGGUGGACUACUUGCUCCGCAGAAAGGCCUCCCAGGCAGCAAGCCCUGACAUGUUGCCGUCGGAAGUUUCCUUUUCCGUGGGAGGAAGGCACUCAUCCACAGACUCCAACAAGGCCUCCAGCGGAGACCUCUCCCCUUACGACAACAACUCCCCAGUGCUGUCUGAGCGCUCCCUGCUGGCUAUGCAAGAGGACAUGGCCCCGGGGGGCUCGGAGAAGCUUCACAAAGGGCCGGAGCAGUGCGUGCUGGUGGGUCGCUUGCCACUCUCGAAGUCAAGGGAGAGUUCUCCUGGACCGAGGCUUGGAAAAGAUAUGUGCGAGGAACCUUUCAAUAUCUGGGGAACUUGGCAUUCAACAUUAAAAAGUGGAUCCAAAGACCCUGGAAUGACAGGUUCCUACGGGGACAUCUUAGAAAGCAGCACCCUGCGACCGGGACCGUCCUCCCUUUCUCAAGGGAACCUGUCCCCGAACUGGCCUCGCUGGCAGGCAGGCCCCACAGAACUGGACAGUGGGAGGCAGAUCGUUGGCAGGACUCAGACCGCGGUCACCAGGGCACAGGGCGCCGCCCACCCGGCCGCGCCUCACGUCUGCAGCACGCCUCACCUGCAGGGCAGCCGCCAGAGAACGGAGCGAGGCCAGCCCAGGGCUGAGCAGUACUUGACUCUGAGCAGCGCUGAGGACCUCUCCGAGGAGGGUGAGCUGGCUGGGGUCUGGCUGCCUGGCCGCAGCCAGCCUGGGCCCCAGGGACCGCGGGAGAGGGCCAGGCCCGACAAGAGGCCUCCUCCGCCUUACCCUGGGCCCGGGAAGCCAGCCUCAGCCUCAUCCCACCAGCCCACAGAGCCCCCCUGGUGGAGGCCUCAGGGGCCAGAGGAAGGCCCUGGAACAGCUGUGCAGGCAGGAAGCCAGGCGGCCCAGCCAGAGCAGCUGGCGGGCCCGCCCAAAGGGGGCGGCACGUACUCCCGGCCCACCAGUGAGGCCAACAGCAAGACCUUGGGAGAGCCCGGCUGGCUCGACUGGCAGCGAGAGCGGUGGCAGAUCUGGGAGCUCUUGUCCACCGACAACCCCGACGCCCUCCCAGAAACGCUGGUGUGAGCGCCCCACUCCGGCCCUCCCUCCCAAGCAGCCUUCUUCCACCCGUAGGGAAAAAGUUGGGGUUGGACAAUCGGACACUCCUUUUUUUCUCCUUUUACACUUCGAACAGCAACUUGAGGAAUUCAGUUCACCUAACACGUAGAGAGCACUCGCCCCUUGCCAUUGCGCCAAGGUUCUUUUGCAUAGCCAGCUGACGGCGCAAACGCCCCAGGCAGCGUCCAGCGUAAAAGCUGCUCACGUGGCCCUGUAUCACAUAGAACUCGCGCUUUGGUAUAGCUUCCCUGUGUUUAUGUGUCUUCAGUUUUGACUAUCGUGUAUUCGGUAACAGAUUAUGUAUGAUAAUCAUGUAUGAUAUACUCACCGAAAACAGAAGGAACAUUUUCUUAAAUCACUUAUACUAAGCAACGAGACUCUAUAGACUGUCCUAGAAUGCGCACAAGCCGGUUUCUGUGCUUCUGCCGCGGCCUUGUCACGGGGACAGCCCUUCAACGCUUAAGGAAAACACUAACAAAAGAAAAGAAAACAAUACGAGAAGCCAUAUUUUUAUAUAGUAGUGAGAUACCAAAAAAUAGUCACUGAAUGCUUUUCAUACUGAAUAUGUUUUGAGGAGAAUAUUACAUUUGAUACAUUAUGGAAUAUAUUUUUAGAAUCUGUUUAGAAAGUAUCCAGCUCAUCAAACGAGAAAGGCCAUGCCUGACACAGAAAGAGGAAUAAGAAGUUGUCUUUCCCAUCUAGGCCCGACUCAGUUUUAUAUAGACCACAUAUGAUAUAUAUUUAUAACGUAUAAUUGUGUGUAUUUUCAGAACUGCAAACUGGAACCAGCUAGAAAGUGUUUAAGAACCUAGAGGGUUGAAAUUACAGAGCAUGGUUUUCCCUCUUGCCCCGUAACCAGUAUUAGCCAAAUUAUUUGCCAUGAUUCGUUAAGUAAAUCACCUCUGGGGAGAAGCUACAGCUGUGGACUUCCAUUGUGCCAAAGGCUGAGGAAGGAUGUCUUUGGGAAUCUCUGCUGUAGGCGGGCCUUCUCCUGUGCCACAGUGCAGUCUUUCCACCGCAAAACCAUUUUUGACUGACAGGUGGCGAUUCGCUUCAGUAUUUGAGGAGUUGUUGUUUUCACUUCAUAAGGGAAUGUAUACUACAGAAAAAAAGAUUUUUUUUAUAAAACAUGCUACUCUUAAUUUUCAUGUGGGUGAUGACAUUCUCAGUGGUGUUUCUUAAAGCUCUAUCUUGUGCCA